AUGGAGAGAUUGAAGACAUAUUUCACCUCACCAUCUAGACGGAGGCGCGACAAUUCGCAAGGAACCUUGACUCCGACGACACCUAGUGCUACUAGCCAAAGCCGAGACGUUGACACCGUGGAUGAAAUUGCGCCCCGCGACACCCUCGGGAACCAGCAACAGCAGCAAGAGGGGCAGCAGCACCAACAAUCGCUGCGACCACGAUUCCUACGCAAGAAAAGCAAGAGAGAAAAGAAAGAGGAUGAGGAUAGGGAUAAGUAUACAUUCCCAAACGGCAUCGCCUGCGCGGUCACAUUCCUCCUCCGCACUCGUCAUAAAAACGGCGGCAAUGACAACACCAACAGCAACGGUAACGGAGCGGCAUCUUCGCCGUCAGCAUGCGAAGCCUCUGUGAAGGAGCUAAGCAUAAAAGGGGGCGUCCAGUUACAACAGUCUACUGAUGUUAUCAAUCCGAUUGACGCUCAGUUGCAACCCCUUACCCUCUCCGCAGCUGAUAAUGCCACCAAUCCAGCUUCCUUCGACAACAAUGGUGACCAUCCCGAAGGGAACACUAGUGACAACGUAGGUGGUAGCCCGGAUGAUAACCUAGGCGACAACCUGGGCGACAACUUGGACGGGAACCCCAAUGGCAACUCAGACGAGACCCUGGACGAAAACCCGAGCGACAACCUAAGCGAUACUCGGGGCAACAACCAAGAUGGCAACCCGGACGAUGUCCCCAGCAACGGCGACGAUGAUGAUGACGGCAGCGCCACAAUCACCUUACCAUCACACCUCAUCCGCCACGUCAGCAGCUUCCGCGGAAUAUCACCCAUGUCGUGGGAAAGGCGUGGAUGGAGCACUCCGUUCUCGUUCAACGUGAGAGACUUCAGCGUAGCAUCAUCGCCAUCCCUAUCUCCUGCUGACCCUCGCUCAAUUGCCGCCCGCCUCGCCGCCCUCAAGCGGGAAGAAGAGGAGGCGCCCCCAAGCCAUUCGGAAAACCGAGACAGGAGAGAAGCCGACAGCGACAAAGCUGACGACGACUACAACGCAGAUUUAUCUGCCUGGUGCCACUUCCUCCGAGCCUUGCACACGCAGGAGGAGCGUAGCAAUAGCAGCCGUCGCAGUCGCAGUUGUAGUCGCGGUCGCUCCCGCCACCGCCGUUGCCGCCACUGCCACCACCACGAUCACCAUCACCACCACCACCGCAGGGCCAUCGCUGCUGCUGCCACCCUAUCUGGAGAGCCAGCUACGCUAGAGGCUUCCGGCACCGGCGAGCGGGGAAGCCGGAGUCGGAAUAGCGAUGGCGAGCACUAUCCAGACGAGGUUUAUUAUAAGGUGGAGGUGAUUUGGAAACUGGCAUGUUCUUUCAAUGAGUGGUUGCGGCAGGGCGAGCGGGGGCGCAGGAGGAUGAGAUCAGGGUCGCCGGAAGCGGUGCGCAGGCAGCUGGAACAGGGCCAGGACCAGGACCAGGACCAGGAACAAGAACCAGACCAAGAGCAAGCCCAGAACCAGGAACAAGGAGAAAGACAACAACUGGAGCAACCGGAGCAACACGAACAGCAGGAGCACCAGGAGCAGCAUGGGCAACAGGAGCAACAGGAGCAGCACGAGCAGCAUCAUCAUCAGAAUGAGCCGUCAGCUGAAGACCUACAUGAAAAUCGGGAUCAGCAAGACGAGCAAGACUCCGAACCUGGUCAGAGCAAAGAGGCUACCCGCGAGGGGCCAGCCGUCGAUCGCGAAGAUGGACGAAUAAGUCAGCUCGACGCCAUCACCGAGGAGAGAAGUGAUGACAGCAGUACUGGUACGAUGAGGCAGAGAAAUACAGACGGCGUUGAGAUCGACAGCUCGGAUGAUGAGCACCCUAGUGCCGCGAUCCACCUGGAUGAGGACAGCAGGAAACAGAAAGUGGAAGAUAUCGCCCUGACCUCCGAAACGAAACACGUGAAGAAGGAGGAAAAUGAUACGCACACCGAACGAGACAGUGCAGACUCGCCUGGUGUUAGUCAGCCACCCCUCAGCGUGCAGGAUAUGGUCCGGCAGCAGCUACACCAGUCCACGCCCUCUUCUUCCUCUGCAGAAUCCGCCAGUCUCAAGGCAGACGAGGUGGCCCAGUCUUGCAACUCCGAUCAGAUGUCACAGCAGCAGCAGCAGCAGCAGCAGCAGCAGCAGAAGCAGGAGGAAGUGAUAGUUGAUGCACAUCUUCUCCCACACCAGCCCGGCGUCAGCAGCGACGACAACAUCAGCGUGAGAAAUCAAUGUCGGCUAUCCCACGAGACGAUUGAAAUGGAGAGCCAAAAGAUCUCACCGUGCGACACGCUCGACCAACACAGAUCCCCUCAAAGAUCCCCUUCGCCGCAACAGGACCACGCAGACCACAGUUUGCGGACAGAGUGCGGCAAGAACUACUACUCGGCCGCCGGCGCGAAGCACUCCGUCUACUGCAAGGACCGCUCAACCUACUGCACGAACGACUCGUCCUACUGGACGCGCGGGCCAACAACCUACAACACGAACAGCCCGGACUCCUCCUACACGACCGGCUCGAAAUGCUGGAGGAACGACUCCAACUACUGCUGCACGGCCGACUCAGGCUUCUGCGCGAAGAACUCAAACUACGACGCGGACUGGCCAAACUACAGGGCGGACUGCUACUCAGACCGCCGCGCAGACGGGGAGAGGGGUGUCAGGGGGACCGGCCGCAAGUGGGAGCGGGCGGAGGUCGAGGGGACCGAGGACGUCGAUUCUCGAGGAGAUGGGUUUGGUGAGGGGCCGGCGAUCAGUCCGUAG